UAUGAGGACAUAUGUCAAAGUCUUUGUGCUGCAAGCAUCGACCAGCAAAAAAAGGGGAAAAAAAACAACAUUUGCAUUUCAAGCUUCCUAUCCGUCAGUCGCUCUGCCCCAGGCCGUCCAUCUGACCAGGGUGGAGGUGAUGAGGUGUGAAGAUGGAGGUUCCUGAGUAUUUGGACUUGGACGAGAUCGACUUCUCGGACGACGCUGUGUAUUCGGUCUCGUCUCUGAAGAACAUUCCAGAAUUGUCCAGACGAAACGAUGCCCAGGCGGAGGAGAGAGCCGCGUCAUCCAUCAAUUGGAGUCGUGGCGUGGCGUCCCACGUGGGCAUGGUGGGAAUCAAACCCGCAGCUGGGACUGAGGCGCACAGUAAAUUCCGUCCCGUGAAGCGGGUCUCCCCUCUCAAGCAUCACCCUGAGACCAGAGAGGAGCCUGCCGGCUGGGACGCCAAGGUCCGAGAGCAAGACCAGGAGCGAGGAGCGGGCGACGCUAGGCCGCCCGCUAAGGACCACAAUCUGCCUUCUGAUCCGAUGGGAGGGAAGAUGGUCGAUGGCGCCGGCGUGGGUCCGGCAGGCACGAUCCAAGGGGGCAACCUGGGUGUCCUGGGGGAGCUGGAGCACUACGACCUGGACAUGGACGAGAUCCUGGACGUGCCGUUCAUCAAGCCGUCCGGCCAGCAGACGUCGACGCUGCCGAGGGCCCUCGACAAGCGGCUGGUGAGCUCAGGCAGCGUGGGCGGAGCUACGCUGGAGCGACAGCGCCGGCAAAACAACAACAAGGACGAGGACAACGGCAGCAACGUGGCAGCGCAGAUGUGCAUCCUGUCUCCCCUGAAGUGGUCGGACCUGAGAAAGUCCAAGUCCCUGGAUCCGGACCUGCAGCACCUUCCUCGUUCUCAGUCCUCAGGAAGCUUCCAGCAGCAGCAGCAGCAGCAUCAUCUUCAUCACCAUCAUCAUCAGGAGGUGCCACUGUCCUCUUCCUCCUCGUUGCUCAGCGGCUCCUCGUCACUCUCCUCCUUCCCUGAGGGAGACAAGCUGCUGUCGGCCAGGGAAGCACAAAACCACAACCAGAGGCCUGGCCUGGAGCCUCCAGCAGGGGGCGCCGGCGUCCUGUUUCCCCUGCAGGCCAAGCAGGACGCUGCCAAGCUGUGGAGCCCCGCAGCAGGAGGAGGGGGAAGAGGAAGGGGGGGCGGAGCGGAAGUGGACGAGGAAAGCAAGAAGCACAACAUCAUCAACAUCGUCAGGGAAGGUCAAAUCUCAUUGCUGCCUCACCUGGCUGCCGAUAACCUUUCGCUGAUCCGCGACGAGGUGGGCAACAAUCUCCUGCACGUGGCGGCGGCUCAGGGCCACGCCGAGUGUCUGCAGCAUCUCACGUCUCUGAUGGGCGAGGACGGACUGAACGAACGCAACCAGCAGCAGCUCACACCCGCCGGGCUCGCCGUCAAGAACGGUCACCUGGAGUGCGUGCGUUGGAUGGUGAGCGAGACGGAGGCCAUCGCCGAGUUGAGCUGCAGCCGAGAACAUCCCAGCUUGAUACACUACGCCGCUCGCUACGGACAGGAGAAGGUUCUGCUGUGGCUGCUUCAGUUCAUGCAAGAGCAGGCCAUUUCCCUGGAUGAGGUGGACCAAAACGGCAACACAGGAGUACACGUGGCCGCGCAGUACGGACACCUCACCUGUACACAGACGCUGGUGGAGUACGGCUCCAACGUGACUGUGCCAAACCAGCAGGGCGAGCGACCUUCCCAGCUGGCAGAACGUCAAGGUCACAGCCCGUGCGCCCGCUACCUGGUUGUCGUGGAAACCUGCAUGUCGCUAGCAUCGCAGGUUGUCAAGCUGACCAAGCAGCUCACAGAACAAGCGGCUGAGAAGGCAAUACUACAGAAACAACUCAACAAAUUUGACACCAGCUGUCAACCGUCUGGCACGGAGGCGUGGCCUGAGAUGGUGCUGAGCGUGGAGGGGACGUCUGCGGACAGCGAUUGGCUGGUGCGUCAGGAGGCGGGGCUACGGAAAGACACCUGCGAUGCCUCUAGGGUCGGGGCGGCGCCUGGGGGUACGAGCCGGGAAGGCCCGCGCCGGAGCGGACCUGUGGCAUCGGCAGAGAAGCGCGAGCAGAAGCUGGCGCGCCUGAAGCAGAUGAUGCAACGUUCACUUAGCGAAUCGGAUUCCGACGCUGCUACCAGACCCGAUAGGCCCACGCAUCUGCCAGUCAACGAUGAAGAGCCCGCCUCCAAGCACCUCCACCUGGCAAUGAGGAAGCACCUCCCCCCGGCUGACAGGAAGCCGAUCCCCAAGCCGGUCAAUGGCGUGGCCUUCAGCCCCUCCGAGGCAACGGACGCCACGGACGACGCCGCCAGCCCCCCCAAGGCGGCGGCCACAAGUCCCAAGAGCGCUCUCAAGUCGCCGUCGUCGCGCAGGAAAACGGCACACAACCUCAAGCUCAGGGUCACCUUUAAUGAGCACCUGGAGGCGGAGCCUAGCAAGGCAGCACCCACCACCACCAAGGAGUCCAUGCCCACAGGAAACUCGGAGGCAAAAAGGCCCUUCGGGGCGCUCAGGUCUAUUAUGGAGACGCUCAGCGGAAACGCAAACAACAACAACAACAACAACACGCACAACACGUCACACAACCAGCACAAGAACAAGAACAGAAGCACUAAUGUGUGAACACUUUUUUUUUUUUGCCAUGGCAACAACUUUUAUAAUCACACACUUAUUCAUGAUGUCACUUUUUUUUCAAACAAAUGUAUUUAAAGCAGGUUGGCACAUGACAUGUCACUAUGGCAACACUCUUCAGGACAACAUGUUUAAGUAGCUAUUCAAACCAGGCUGUCGCUAAAGCUAAAAUCAAGCCGCCUCAAUGUUUAUUUUCAAAACUGGCAACACUGCAUGACAUCAGCAUUUUCACCAUGUCUUGUCAAUAAGGCAACAAACAAAACUUAAUUUAAACCAAGUUGUUCUGAACUGGUUGCCAUAGCAACAUCACUGUUCUCUAUAUCUUUUUUCCAAAUCACUUAAAAUACUUUUUUUUUUGGUCACACUGUCAUAUGCGGGAAUCAAACUCAUGGUGCCUACACACAAGACAGGCGACUUGCUUUACAGCUGCCAAUCCGCUAGGGGGCAGCAGUGAACCCAAAUGAGCUGCGAUGACAUCCUUGCAAUUUGAUUUGACGCUUGGACAGGUGCGCUAAAUAUUGUCUUCGAGGCUAAUAGCUCAGUUGUUUUAUGACUAAAUGAAGAGCUGCAACAUGUUAUUUUUAUUCCUAAGAAGCAAAUGAGGUGAAAUGUCACAAAAAUUGUUAGCACUUUUCAUACCAAAACCACAUUAAAAGUUUACUUGUAUUUCUCAUGA